CAUAGUUGGCAGCCAUGUAUGACUUUUGACUGCGCAUACAAUAAUCGUUGCCGAGUUAUUGAAGAAUAUGCUGUGACGAUUAUUUUAUAUCACCUGCAUCGAAGCGGCGAUCGGCACCGAAUUGAGUGAUUGAGUGAAAGACAAGUGCAGACGCAGAGAGGAUGGAGAGUUUUCUGAAGCAGCAGAGAGGAGGAGAGAGCGUGCUGGACUUGAGCCCCAGAUCGACGGUCGGCGGUGGAGUGGAAGACGUGUACGGCGAGGAUCGUGCCUCCGAAGAUCAAUUGGUCACUCCCUGGACGUUUUCUGUCGCCAGCGGUUACAAUCUUCUGAGAGAUCCUCACCAUAACAAGGGGCUUGCAUUCUCUGAGAGAGAGAGAGAUGCUCAUUACCUGCGCGGUCUUCUUCCGCCGGUUGUCUCCAGCCAAGAGCUUCAGGAGAAGAAGUUUAUGCAUAAUCUUCGCCAGUACGACGUUCCCCUGCAUAAGUAUGUCGCGAUGAUGGAACUCGAGGAGAGAAACGAGCGGUUGUUUUACAAGCUUCUCAUCAACAAUGUGGAGGAACUCCUUCCCAUUGUCUACACUCCCACCGUAGGCGAGGCUUGCCAAAAGUAUGGUAGUAUCUUCAAGAGGCCGCAGGGGUUGUACAUAAGUUUAAAAGAGAAGGGGAGGAUUCUAGAGGUUCUGCGAAAUUGGCCGGAAAGGUCAAUUCAAGUCAUUGUUGUCACUGAUGGUGAGCGGAUUUUGGGACUUGGAGAUCUUGGCUGCCAGGGAAUGGGAAUACCAGUAGGGAAACUGGCCUUGUAUACUGCACUUGGUGGUGUUCGACCUUCGGCAUGUUUGCCAAUAACAAUUGAUGUUGGGACGAACAACGAGAAGCUGCUAAAUGAUGAGUUCUACAUUGGGCUGAAACAGAAGAGGGCAACUGGAAAGGAAUAUUAUGAUUUGUUAGAGGAGUUCAUGACUGCUGUUAAACAAAAUUAUGGCGAAAAAGUUCUCAUUCAGUUUGAAGAUUUUGCUAACCACAAUGCUUUCGAGCUCUUGGCCAAGUACGGCACCACCCACUUGGUGUUUAAUGACGAUAUACAGGGCACAGCAUCAGUGGUUCUUGCUGGUCUUGUUGCAUCACUUAAGCUGCUUGGUGGUACCUUGGGCGAUCACACGUUCUUGUUCCUCGGUGCUGGAGAAGCUGGAACAGGUAUAGCAGAGCUUAUAGCCCUCGAAAUCUCGAAGCAGACUAAGGUUCCUGUCGAAGAAACUCGGAAGAAGAUCUGGCUGGUAGACUCCAAGGGUUUGAUUGUCAGUUCACGUAAGGAGUCUCUUCAACACUUCAAGAAACCGUGGGCGCAUGAACAUGAACCGGUUAAUAAUCUCUUGGAUGCAGUCAAGGCUAUCAAACCAACAGUUUUGAUUGGAACAUCUGGUGUCGGUAAGACAUUUACAAAAGAGGUGGUUGAGGCUAUGGCUGCGAUCAAUAAGAAACCUCUCAUCAUGGCUCUCUCGAAUCCAACUUCACAAUCAGAGUGCACAGCUGAACAAGCUUAUACUUGGACCGAGGGUCGAGCCAUCUUUGCUAGCGGAAGCCCAUUUGAUCCUGUAGAACUGAACGGGAAAACCUUUGUGCCUGGCCAGGCAAACAACGCCUACAUAUUCCCAGGAUUUGGCUUCGGUCUGGUGAUCUCGGGGGCCAUCCGUGUCCAUGAUGACAUGCUUCUGGCAGCAUCGGAGGCCCUGGCUGGUCAAGUCACCGAGGAACACUAUGACAAGGGAAUGAUCUACCCGCCGUUUACCAAUAUCAGGAAGAUCUCCGCGCACAUUGCUGCAAACGUAGCUGCUAAAGCUUACGACCUAGGUCUUGCAACACGACUACCCCGACCAGCCGACUUGGUGAAAUAUGCUGAGAGCUGCAUGUACACGCCAAACUACAGAAGCUAUCGCUAAGACUUGGCUCCCUGCUCUGCUUCAUGUUAAAUUUGUAAGUUUGUUGUUGUAAGUUGAAACUGGUACCUUCUGGAAAUGUCUGUUGUCUGAACAGAAACUCGCGUGCUUUGUAUCUGUGGCUUUCUCAAUAAAAUCUCCUUAUGUUUAUGCUUA